AUGGCUAACGGAACCGGCACCAUCAUGUUGAAAUGCGUCGUGGUGGGCGACGGGGCGGUGGGCAAAACGUGUCUGCUCAUGAGCUAUGCCAAUGACGCCUUUCCCGAGGAGUACGUCCCCACAGUGUUUGAUCAUUAUGCAGUGAGUGUGAACGUCGGUGGGAAGCAGUACUUGCUGGGACUGUAUGACACAGCCGGUCAGGAGGACUACGACCGCCUGAGGCCGCUGUCCUACCCGAUGACCGAUGUCUUCCUCAUCUGCUUCUCUGUGGUGAACCCGGCCAGUUUCCAGAACGUUCGAGAGGAGUGGGUGCCCGAGCUGCAGGAGUAUGCCCCCAGUGUCCCCUACCUGCUCAUUGGCACCCAGAUUGACCUUCGUGAUGACCCCAAGACUAUUGCCAAACUGAACAACAUGAAGGAGAAGCCCAUAGCUACUGAGCAGGGACAGAAACUGGCAAAGGAGAUUGGUGCAUGUUGCUAUGUGGAAUGUUCAGCCCUGACCCAGAAGGGCCUGAAGACGGUGUUCGACGAGGCUAUCAUCGCCAUCCUGGCUCCCAAGAGAAAGCAGGGAACUCUGAAGAGAAGACUGGGACCCCGCUGCAUCAACUGCUGUCUGAUCACGUGAUCCCUGAACACAGAGAUCUUUCAGCAGCCAACCAUAAACCAAACCUGGACUGAAGGCAAAAGACAGAAUGAAGUAAAUUGCACCGAGAGCACAGUGAGACAUGAGAGACGACUGAAACGGACAAAGCAAGAGCUACAUUUAAGCUGCAGUGCUCUUGGCAGUCCCUAAUUCUCUCUCCUGCUUUCCACCACUCGGGUUGAGGAUGCAGUUUUACAACCAAAGGAGCACAAACCCCAUGUCAGUCUCUUCUUAAAGACUUUAUGCCUCUUUUAUAACCAUUUUUAAUCAUUUUUUGUGUA